AUGAAGGUCCUACAAACGGAGACGCUGACGGAAGAGAUAACGAGUUACAGCUUCACAAAGUCAAUUUGGAAGGGUUUCGUACCUCCGAGAGUUGAGCUUUUUAGAUGGUUUGUGCUAGUUGGCAGAGUUAAUACUAAGGAGCGAUUGACUAGACUGGGAGUUCCUAUCCAUAGUGAUAAUAUUUGUGUCUUGUGUGCCAAAGAGGUUGAAUCUGGUGAGCAUUUAUUUCUUCUCUGCGAGUUCACCUGGCAGGUGUGGUGCACUUGGUUGAGGUCUUUUGGUAGACCAUGGGUAGUUCCGGGAACCAUGAAGGACCUGUUUGCGAGUUGGGUUGGUAUGCGCAAUAAGAAGCAAGAUCCGCAAUCGUGGAUGGUAGCGUUCUUUGCAGUAAUCUGGAACGUCUGGAAAAAACGUAAACCGCUAUUAGCAGCCGCGGUUUACGGGCAUUGGGAGCCGCUAUUAGCAGCCGCGGUUUACGUGCAUUGGGAGGUGAAUAGAAACCGCCGCUAUAGGCAGCAGCGAUUUCUGUAG